UCUGAAUGGACACAAUCAAAUGAUUAUGAAAUGCAAAGAUGUAAAGCUCAACGCUUUUGCGUGCAUAGAAAAUGACCGCAGCAGGGGAAACCAGUCAUUAAAUAAAAGAAACGCAUGAAGUAAAAAUGCUUAUUUACUCGAAAAUUAAAAAUAUCCGCGCUGAUAAGUUAGAAAACAUUAACUAAUUGCAAAAUAAAUAUAUAAACAGCUCGAGUAAGGGAAAGCCGCGCAAGGAAGGAACCAUUUUGAGCGAGUUGGAGCUGGGUGAGCUGGAGCAUGAUAGACAGCUAUGCCUUCGGUACGCCCUGGUAGUCUUAAAGAUCCGGAAAUAGCCGAUCUAUUCAACAAGCAUGAUCCGGAGAAGAUCUUUGAGGACUUGCGCGAGAUCGGCCAUGGAUCGUUUGGUGCCGUUUACUAUGCCCGCUGCAAUCUCACCAAGGAGAUUGUGGCCAUCAAGAAGAUGUCGUAUACGGGCAAGCAGAGUCAAGAGAAGUGGCAGGACAUCCUCAAAGAGAUACGUUUCCUACGUCAAUUGAAUCAUCCGAAUACCAUUGAAUACAAGGGUUGCUACCUGCGCGAGUCGACCGCCUGGCUCGUGAUGGAGUACUGUGUGGGUUCCGCCUCGGAUAUUAUCGAGGUGCACAAGAAGCCCCUGCACGAGGACGAGAUCGCCGCCAUCUGCCUGGGGGUGCUCAGUGGCCUGAGCUAUUUGCACUCCCUCGGUCGCAUCCACCGGGACAUUAAAGCUGGGAACAUCCUGCUAACGGACAACGGUAUCGUUAAGCUGGCCGACUUCGGUAGUGCGGCCAUCAAGUGCCCCGCCAACAGCUUCGUCGGCACCCCCUAUUGGAUGGCCCCCGAGGUUAUCCUGGCUAUGGACGAGGGCCAGUACGACGGCAAGGUGGACGUGUGGUCUCUGGGGAUCACCUGCAUUGAGUUGGCUGAACGAAAGCCGCCCUACUUCAACAUGAAUGCCAUGUCCGCACUCUAUCACAUUGCCCAAAAUGAGUCGCCGACGCUUCCGAAGAAUGACUGGUCAGAUGCGUUCUGUAGAUUCGUCGAGCUGUGCCUGAAAAAGAUGCCUGCGGAACGUCCUUCUUCGGAAGAGCUCUUGAUGCACGAGUAUGUGACACGACCGCGCUCCGAUACGGUCCUGCUGGAACUAAUAGCCCGCACCAAGUCUGCCGUGCGCGAAUUGGACAACCUCAACUACCGCAAGAUGAAAAAGAUACUCAUGGUGGACACGUGCGAGACGGAGAGCGCCGUGGGCGAUGCCGAUGACCAGCAGGACGAUCAUGUGGGCGGUGACAGCAGCAAGAGCAAUAGUAUUACUUCGGAACACUCCAUACACUCUGUUGGUGUAUCGGCAGCAAGUAGUCAGAGCUCUUCUUCGAAUUCCAUACCGGCUGCAGCACAGAAUCAUCACCAUAUCGCUGCGCACCACCAUCAGCAGGCGGCUUCUGCCGUGGCCGUGGCCGUGCAUCAUCACUAUCAUUCACAGCAGCCGCAGCCGCAGCCCAUCAGACUAAGUGGUGGCGGCGUCGGCGGCGGACAGCAGCAGGCGGUACCAGUCGGAGCCGCUUCGCGGAACUCAUCGCGACACCGCAAUCGACCGCCGUUGCCCAUCAUGCACACCAUGAACAACAAUGUGACGCCAACGAACUCGGCAUCUGUGGUGCCAGCGCCCGCCCCGACGCUUUCCGUGAUCACGCAUAUUAGCGGAAUGGGACUUGGCACCGGAGGCAGCAGUGGAGGGUCGCCCGCCUCCGGCUCCGGCUCCGGCUCUGGCGCUGAUCGUAUGCCACCCAUCGUGUGCCAGCCGCGCUAUCUAACAACUCCUGCCGCCCAGGCAGCCGUUUACGCGGCCUCUUCGGCAUCCUCGCAGCAAGCCAUCUCUAAUGCGGUCAACGAUCACGGCCCCAACAACUUUGCCACCAUACGCACCACCAGCAUUGUCACCAAGCAGCAGAAGGAGCACAUGCAGGAGGAAAUGCACGAACAAAUGUCGGGCUACAAACGGAUGCGACGCGAGCAUCAGGCUCAUCUCGUGAAGCUCGAGGAAAAGUGCAAGGUCGAUAUGGAAGCGCACAAGACAGCCCUUGACAAGGAGUACGACACUCUGCUGCAUAACUUCACGAGGGAUCUCGAACGGCUCGAGAAUAGGCACCAGCAGGACGUGGAGCGUCGGGCAAAACAGACUAGCGCAGCCGAGAAGAAACUACACAAAGAGAUUACUCUGAAGCAGGACGGCGAUCGCAAGGUGUUCGACUUGAAUCGCAAAAAGGAAUACAAAGCGAACAAGGAGCGCUGGAAACGCGAGCUCUCCAUGGACGACUCAACGCCGAAGCGGCAGCGUGAUCUUACCUUGCAGUCGCAGAAGGAUAAUCUGAAGCAGCACGAGGCGCAAGAAGAGCAACGCAUGCUACAGGCACAAAAGCAAUAUAUCGAGCUCGAAAUGCGCAAAUUCAAGCGGAAGCGCAUGGUUGUGCAUCACGAACAUGAUGAUCAGCAGUUACGAGACGAGCUCAGCAAGAAGGAACAGCAGCUAGAGCAAGCGCAUGCCAUGCUCUUGAAGCACCACGAAAAGACACAGGAACUGGAGUAUCGCCAACAAAAGAGCGUGCAUCAGCUGCGAGAGGAGCAGAUAAACAAGCAACACGACACGGAGUUGCACAAUCAAAAAGACUAUAUGGAUCGCAUUAAAAAGGAGCUGCUGCGCAAGCAUGCGCUCGAGUUACGACAACAGCCCAAAAGCCUGAAGCAAAAAGAGCUGCAGAUACGUAAACAGUUUCGGGAGACUUGCAAAACGCAAACGAAGCAAUACAAACGUUACAAGGCUCAAGUUCUGCAAACGACACCAAGAGAACAACAGAAGGAAGUCAUCAAACAGCUGAAGGAGGAGAAGCAUCGGAAGCUUACGCUGUUGGGUGAACAGUAUGAACAAAGCAUUGCGGAUAUGUUUCAAAGUCAAAGCUACAAACUGGACGAAAGUCAAGUGAUCGAGUGCCAACGUACCAAUGAGCAAUUGGAGUACGAACUAGAUAUGCUGACCGCCUAUCAGAACAAGAACAAGAAACAAGCCCAGGAACAACGGGAUCGUGAGCGUCGUGAGCUGGAGAAUCGUGUCAGCGUACGGCGGGGUCUUCUCGAGAACAAGAUGGAUGCCGAGUUGCAGCAAUUCAAUCAGGAACGCGCCGAGCGCUUGAGAAUGAAACAUGAAAAGCAUGCUAGAGAAUUGGAAGCAUUUGAUAACGAGUCACUUGCUUUAGGUUUCAGCUCUUUAUCGCUCACUGAGGUAUCCCGUGAAGCCUAUCCAGAUGACGAAGCAAGUCUGUCUGGAUCUAUGAUUAGUUUAGCCCAUAGCAAUAGUUCAACAAGCUUUCCAGCUGGUUCGCUAUAGCAUAGACAACAUCUUCAUCAUCAA